AUGGGAGAAACUGGGGCUGUUCCAAUGGAUUCUGAAUGUGUUGUCGAGUUGGCUCGUUCUCUACAAACCACUGCUCUCAAAUGGCUCAAAAUUAAUAAAAUUAAUGAUAGCGGCUUCGAAAUUCUUGCACGAUCUUUGCCAAAAACUCUCGUUCAUCUUGAUUUAGCUGAAAACAAUAUUACAGGAGGAAACAUUUCUACUAUACGUUCUUAUCUUCAAUCAAAUGGAGAAAAUCUCAAAGAACUAAUUCUCGAUGAUAAUCUUGCAACUCAAUAUUUCCAACAACAAGAAUCGUCAUCAUUAUCGACAGUUAAAAUCGUAUCGAAUAGUAGUCUGGCAGGAAUAUUUUUGCGUAAGGAAGACUAUUUCGGAUUACAAAUAGAUCAAAUGGAUGAUACUGAUGGAUGUGAAAUUGGUGAUAUUGGUUUUCAAGCAAUUCUCUCUUCAUUACCAAAUUCAUUGUCUCAAUUAGAAUCUACAAGUAAUCAAAUCAGUGAUAAAAGUUUACCUACAUUACUUACUUUUGUCGAGACCCAUCCGCAUUUAAAACAAAUUUCUCUAAAAGAAUCUGGUAUAAACAAAAAUAGUUCAACUCCAGUAAAUGCAUCCGAUUUAAUGGCAAAAAUUCUUGAAAUUACAAAUAAAAAUCAUUGUAUUUGUCAAAUUGGAUUUGACUGA